AUGGAUAUCUUCUAUGCUUCUCUUCUAUCUCUGUUUGUGGUCGUCAUCUCAUGCUCCCUUCGUUUUGGUUUCUUUAUAUCUAAGUUGGUUGUAGAUACAAAACUCCCACCUGGCGGCAGAGGUUGGCCGGUGAUCGGUGAAACAAUAGAGUUUGUCACCGCCGGUAGGAAGGGCCACCCUGAAAAGUUCAUCGUCGAUCGCAUGACUAAAUUCUCGCGUCAUGUCUUCAGGACCUCUCUGAUGCUAGAGGAUGCUGCAGUGUUCUGUGGGCCCGAAGGUAACAAGUUCUUGUUCUCAAAUGAUAACAAACUUGUUCAGUUUUGGGUGCCUGCUUCGGUAAAGAAGAUUAUCCCUUCUGUGAAAGGACUGCAAAACGAAAAGACAGUACCCAAGAUGAUUCGUAACCUUUUCAAGCCUGAAACUCUACGGGAAUAUGUUCCAAUUAUGGACAUGGUGGCACAGAAACACUUUGAAACCAAAUGGGAAGGCAACGACCAGAUUUUGACCCAUAAACUCACCAAAAACUUCACUUUUCUUGUUGCAUGCAAAAUCUUCUUCAGUAUCGAUGAACCCGAAUGGGUCAACAAACUAUCAGUCCCGUUCGAAAGACUUGCUCCAGGGCUUUUCUCCAUCCCCAUAAACCUCCCGGGAACACUGUUCCGGAGAGCAAUAAAUGCAGGCACCUUCAUCAGAAAAGAACUCACUGCAAUAGUAAACAAAAGGAAGAGUGAUUUGGUCGAUGGGAAAGGUUCGCCUACACAAGAUAUUUUGUCGUUAAUGCUUUGUGAUGACUAUGGAAGAUUAAUGACAGACAGUGAAGUCGCUGACGUUAUCAUGGGGAUGAUAAUCGGUGGCUAUGACAGUACAAGCUCAACAUGUACUUUCAUUGUUAAGUAUCUCGCCGAGUUGCCUGAGAUUUACGAGGGAGUCUACAAAGAACAAACAGAAAUAGCAAAAUCUAAAAAAUCAACAGAAUUGUUAAAUUGGGAGGAUUUGUCAAAGAUGAAAUACUCUUGGAAUGUGGCAUGUGAAGUUCUUAGAUUAGUUCCACCAACCCAAGGUACGUUUAGAGAAGCGAUUUCUGAUUUCACAUACAAGGGCUAUUCAAUUCCAAAGGGUUGGAAGUUGUAUUGGAGUACAAACUCGACACAUAAAAACCCUGAUUUCUUUCAUGAACCUAAAAAGUUUGAUCCUUCAAGAUUCGAUAGUAAAGUGCCAAUUACACCAUAUACAUACGUACCAUUUGGAGGAGGGGCUCAUUUGUGUCCUGGAAAAGAAUUUGCCCGACUAGAAAUACUUGUGUUUAUACAUCAUCUUGUGAGGAGAUUCAAGUUGCAGAAAGUAAUUCCGAACGAGGAUGUUAUUUUCAAUCAAGUUCAGCCUAAGCUUGCCAAAGGACUUCCGAUUCACCUGCAUCCUCAUAAACCUUGA